AUGCCUGCAAAGACAGAAAUCGCAACCCUCUCGAGCGACCAUCGAGUAGAACAACUUGGACGGAACAUUCACAUAGGGACCACUCGACACUUUGCACCCGCGAGUCUCCCCAUCUCCAUUCUUCACAUCCCACUUGCCGCCGCGGCUCAGCAGGAACGUGUACAUGCGGUCCUGCACCGUCCGCGCGGCGACGUGCAGAGGAGUGUCGCCCCGUUUGUUCGUCCUCUCAACCCCCGCCUUGUCCGCCAGGAGCACGGCGAUGCCGACGUGCCCCGUCGCAGCCACCAGGUGGAGGGGGGUGUCCCCGUCGUUGUUGCUGACGUCGGUGCGGGCCCCGAUCCUCACCAGGAGGGAUGCGAUCUUCCCGUACCUUCCUCGCGCUGCGAGGUGCAGAGGGGUGUCGCCGUCGUUGUUUGUCGCGUUGAUGUCGGCGCCGCUUUCUAUCUCGAGGAUUGCUGCGGCUCUGAGCCCUUUCAUCGCCGCUCGGUGGAGAGCGGUGUUGCCCUGAUCAUCCCGGGGGUGAGAUGGAAUUUUCUCUUCAUAUUUGGUCUUGCCGGGACCCCAUUGGGUAAAGAUCGAGAAAAUAGAAACCAUUUUAUCUUCAACUCGGCGUUUCUGAGAGGUAGUAGCCUGGCUGCCUUUUCAGUGCUGGCUGGAAAUUGA